CAAAUAGACCGGACGUACCUGCAACGAACUUAAGCCAACAUGCCAGGCCCAGACCUAGCACAUGUAAGGGGCCUUACACUCUCCGCUGCGUCUAACGCCGCAGCGCGGGUCCGGGACGACGAAGCCUAACUCUAUCCAGGCCCACUCGACCACUCCGGAAGAGGUGCAAGCUCUGAAGGAUGCGUUCCUCCUAUUCGUGAGUUCCACUUGUUAGAACUCAUUCUCGACAUUGCGAUAUUGAUGUUCGUACAUAGGACGCUGACAGCGAUGGUACCUCUUCUCUCACAUAUCUUUUAACGCCCAACUCAAGGUUCUCCCCGGCAGAUAGCUAGCUAACAGGCAUUGCGAUCCUAGGCGUCAUCACAAGAAACGAACUCGGCGCCGUGAUGAAGUCCCUCGGUCUCAAUCCCACCGAUGCAGAGCUUGACGAUAUGAUCAACGAAGUAGACAUCGACCACACAGGCUCCGUUGAUCUCGAUGAAUUCAUCAAGAUGAUGACCGCGGAGACCAAGCCGGCCAACUUCGAAGAGGAGAUGCGCAGCGCGUUCAAGGUCUUCGAUAAGGACAACAGCGGCACCAUCUCCGGCGACGAGAUAGCGCACGUGAUGAAGUCAUUUGGCGAGAAUUUGUCGGAAGAGGAGCUGAAGAUUAUGAUGGAGGAGGUGGAUAAGGAUGGGAAUGGGACGAUUGAUUAUGAGGAGUUUGUCAACUUUUUCUUGGCGAAGUAGAUGUUGCGGGAUCUAUGAAGACAAUCGAAGGAAAUCGGCAUGAGAUCGUGCUAAAUAUCAAGACGGAUUUAGGUUUCUAUAGGUAGAGCUAAAAUAUGCGCACUGCUUUUUGAAAGGACUUUUUGGUUCUUCCUCCCUAUACUUCCUGCUCU